AUGUUCCUAGACGAAGAGGAGCAGUUCUCUGUCACCGUAGUUGACACACCAGGCUUUGAUGACACUUGGCGCUCCGACGCGGAAAUCCUCGCUGAUAUCACCGAGUAUCUCGCCACUCAAUACGCUUUGAAGAUCCCGCUCAAGGGCAUCAUCUACUUGCACCCCAUCUACGAGAACCGGAUGAAGGGCUCGGCCCGCAAGUACUUUGAAAUGUUCCGGCUCCUGUGCGGCGACCAGGCGCUCAAGAACGUUAUGCUCGUCACCACCCGCUGGGAUACUGUCGGCCAAGCCCCCGACCAGGUCGGCGAAGCGCUGCGGCGCGAACAAGACCUGCUGGAUAACUGGUGGAAGCCGAUGUUGAAACAGGGCGCUAACGCUGCGCAGUUCAAGGGGACCAAAGGAUCGGCUGAGGCGAUGGUGCUUGAGCUGGUGAGAGAUCGGGACGAGGUGGUGCUGGAUGUCCAACGGGAGCUGGUGGAUGGGCAGAAGGAAGUCGGGGAGACUACAGUUGGGAUGCCGUUUAUGAACCAGCUGGAUAGUGACAUCGCCAAGUGGAAGAGGGUACUAGUGAAGACGGAUGAGGAUUUGGCACUCGCGAGGGAGAUGGAGACCGAUAUGCGUAGCCAGGGUUGGAGGGGCGAUGCGAUGAAAGACGUGGCGGAUCGUAUCGGUUUGUUGAAGGAGAGAAGAAGAGAAGCGGAGAAGGUCGUGAAACAGUUGGAGACCACGCAGAAGAAGAUUCAGGUCAAGGUAGGUGAGAAGGCGAAGCUGCAAGUGGCGGAGAAGAUAUCGGCCUUUGGAGGAAAGUUUGACCCUGUGGCGAGGGCAGCAACAGUGUUCGCGGCGGUGUUGAACAUUACUCUCACCGUUGUGCAGUUCGUGGUUAUGUAA